AUGAAACUUUCUAAAUUUUUUGUAUCUCCUAAAAAACUUCGCUCAAAAACAAACUCAAAUCACAACUCAUCAAACACUUCUCCCCAAUUACUAACACCCCAUCGUUUUACUUCCCAAUUCUCUACAUCUCCCACCACUUCCGCAUCCCUUACUCUUCCAUUUUUCGCUGACAAUUCCUCUUCAAAGUUUUUCUAUUCUUCUCCCAACUCCUCAAACCAAUCAUUAAACGAAACAAAAGAUGACGAUGAUCUCGACGAGAACAUUUUCUAUACAGUAUUGAGAAAAGACUAUUCAAAGAUAUUCCAUCGAGUGGCCGUAAUUUGUGUGCCACAUUCGAGAAGUAUUGUCGGUCUGAAAAUGUCAAGGUCAUUUAUCGAAACACAUUCCUUGACUCCGUCACCAUACUUUACUGGUCAAUAUCACAGUAUCAAUGGGAAAAUAGUGAGCAUCGAAAGAAAUGUCAUUAAAUCAAUAUCUGGUUUCAAGGAGCAUCGGACAGUCCGUAUCUUGGGCGAGGAGUUAGUCUAUAACGAGUCGUACAAGUCAAUCCAAGUCUUGAUCAUUGAAAGGCCGCUCGAAGGCGAAGGCAUGGCAACAGAGAGCACGUCACCCACUAUACCUUCAGAAAGGAACUACGAAAACGAUCUGCUAUUCUUACAGAGUUUUCCCGAGAAUGAGAAUGCGAUCAAGGAAUUAGCACAUAUGGUGACUGAAUUUAAUGAGACUUAUGUAUACGUUCGUGGAUAUGCUUGUUAUGCUGUUGAUCGAAUAAUGCAAAUCCUCAACAAGGCAGUAACGGCAUUCCUCAAAGCAAACCAAACGCUUGCAAACGUUUGUCGCUUGCAACAUGAGCUCGAUCAAUUUACGGAACUACUGGAAAAUGUGAUAAUGGCUGAACUCCAUCAGAAAAUUUUCAUCGAUGCUCUCUGUCCUAUAUAUAAUUCUCACGACAGUUACCUUGAAUCAAUAAUGUAUGCCUACUUUCGCGCUCGCCUCAAUCUCAAAGACUAUGGCAUAUGCGAUCGUCUACAAAAUAUGCCCGAAGAAUCGCUCUAUACUGCUUGUGAAAUCCUUAGCUGUCUGGAUGAAGACGAUACUCGUGAAAAUGGCCUCCAAUAUGGAUUAGGCAUCAGUGCUGCGCCGCGGUCUAAACUCGUCCCUGCAAAAACACCAUUGGAAAAACUGAUAUGUGCCAAAAAGGCAAUUCAAGAGGUUGCCAAUGUAGCCGACACUUUUUUAAAUCAACUGACAAGCGGAUUGAGCUUUGACGAGGGUGGAGAGAGAUCAUCCAUUACUACGGAUGAUUUUAUUCCAUUGAUGGCAUACGUUAUUGUCAAUACUAGAAUUCGAAAGCUGGGAAGUGUUCUCUUUUAUAUGCAGACAUUUAGAUUGUCGAAAACCGAGCGAUCAGAGUUGAGCUUUGCGUUGACAACUCUUCGAGCAGCAACAGAAUAUCUCAAAUCUGAUCCACUGUCUCUUCAUGAUGCGGUCUCGAUAGCAUCUUCCAUAUCUUCUUUGGCGUCUUCCCAUUCAUCGUUUAAACCGACCAAUUCAAACAGAGCGCGGAGUCGAUCUCGAUCAACUUCGCUGUCAACGCCGCCCACACCCGUAUCAACACAUGGAGUACCACAUUCACGAUCGUCAUCAUUGACCUCGGGACUUCCAAAUACUUCACGUGAUAAAUCACCGGCGCGAUCGGUAAAUUCAGUGUCGAGUUCGUCGACGCAACAAAAUUACAAGGGUGGCUCGGCAACGCCAAAUGUGCAUACUCCUGGAUAUUCACUCAAUCGAUCGCUAUCACAAAGUGAAGACCUUGGUCAGGUGGAUUAUAGUCUUACGAAUAGUCCAUUAUCUAGUACUCCUGAAGAAGGACAUCACGCUCUUAGUCGGCGAACACGACGAGCAUCGGUAACGCCUGGUCUUGUUAUUAAGCCACAGAUUCUCAUCGUUCCUUCCCGGACAUCUCCCGGUCGAAGAAGCAUCGACAGUGAUCGCACAUCGCUGAGCGACAUAGUUGCUAAUGACUGCGCUAUAUCGAAGUCUACUAUGACAUCGUCUUCGCUUCCAAUGGAGUCUGCCAUGGCACCUCUUCCUGUUAUUCGUUCUCCAUCUCGAAGUUCAAUGACAGCCCAAAGGACAUAUCACAGGAAUUCUGUCCAUGUUCCAGAAAUAAUUGCGGUAAUUCCGAGAUCGCCACCGACUAGCAAAACCAUAAAACCCGCGCUUGAUUUAUCUCCGCCGAGUUCCGAAAUUAUGGGUGAUUUUCUGAGCUCCUUGCAGAACAUUGAUGGCAAUGUUUCCGGGAGUCCGCAUGGUGAGAUUAUGCAGCGGUGGUGA